GGCCCCGAUGGGUUCGUCGCAGGUCGGCGGCGGGGGUGCGCGUGUUGCCUCGCGCGCCCAGCUACGGCUAGCGCGCGCAUAGGCGCCGGACUGCGGAGUCCCCUCCUUGCCCGCGAUCUUCGUCGCGGUGGUGAGCAAAGCCGGAAAAGGGAAAGCCGAGCGACCGGCCCAAUCAGGAUCGUGAAGAACGAAGAACGCCGACACAAAGAACACCGAGGCCAUGCAGGCCAUGCGCCCGCUGCGACCGUGGUCCCCGCGAGUUUCAGAAGGGCCCGCCCCCUCGUUCUUUUCUUCAUCCCCGCGGCCAUUGCCACCAGCUUGGCAGGCUGUCAUUGCGUGCUAUGCCCCGCCGCGCACGUGGGGGCCUGCCCGGCUUGCUUGGUUGGCGGGCCGCCCCAGCAUUCCAGCACGCAGCGGCGUCAUGUCGCGUCACGACUUUUUAUUGUGUUGUCGUCGGGUGUGGCGCUGGCGCGGUAGUGGUAUGGGGCGUCCCGCAGCCGGUCGGCCGGCGUGUCCUAUGUGUGCCAACUGCAGCUCGUAAGGCAAAGGCUGACUGCUUGUAGUUGUUUGCUGCAUGGCCAUGGUGGCCAUUGCCAUUUUCUGAUUGUUGAU